UACACCAAGCAUUUCUAGCCAAAUACCUGAGAACCAAGAACACCCAGCCAUGACCAUGAUCCACCCCAAAAGGCUUGCUCAGUUGGUGAGGAAGUGGCAAAGGGUCAAGGCAGCAUCCAGAGCCGAUGAAGCAUGCUGCACGACAUCGCCGGUAGCAGAUAAAGGGCACUGUGCCAUGUACACGGCCGAUGGGAGGCGGUUUGAGGUCCCGUUGGAGUAUCUCGGCACGACGGUCUUCGGCGAGCUGCUAAGGAUGUCCCAGGAAGAGUUUGGGUUCACAUGUGAUGGCAGGAUCACACUGCCCUUCGAUGCGGUGGUGAUGGACUAUGUCAUGUGCUUGCUUAGAAGAAAUGCAUCGGAAGAAGUAGAGAGGGCGUUCCUGAGCUCUGUAGUGAUGCCUUGCCAAUAUCCAAGCUGUACAGUGCCAAAUGUAGCGCUGCACCAGCAGCUUGCAGUUUGUAGCUCCUGAAUAUAUGCAGAUUUUUUGUCCCUCAUU